AUGGACACCUUGGAGGAGGCAUCCUCAGAGCUGAGCAGCCCGUAUCAGAAGGUGGCAUCCUUGCCAUGUAGCUCCACGUCUAUUGGCAGCGUUCCCACGCCAAGGACCGAGCGCAGUGGCUCCACCUGGGGCCGCCGGAAUCUGGAGGCGGAGCUGCGGCAGCUGCGGAUGCAGCUGUCAGAGGAGCGGAAGGCCUCCCAGCAACUCCGGGCGGAGCUGCAGACGGCACGCCUAGAGCUGGGCCAGGUCAAGAAUGAGAUAGAUGUACAGCGGGACCGAGAUGCGCUGCUCGCAGAGGAACGUGUCCGAAUUACGAACCGCUUUGCUUUUGUCAUCCAUUCCCAGCAUGCCAAGCUGGCGAUACGGUACUGGGAUUUCCAGGUCACCUUGCCCAUUCUAUCAGCUGGUCAGGUUCAGGAGAAGCAAGAGAAGAAAGCCCUUGCGGCGGAGCUUGCCCAGAUUGAGAAGAUGCGCAACGAGCGGGAGAAGGAGCGACAGCAGAGGCUGAAGCAGGCGAAGGGCAAGAGCAAGGCCAAGCGUGAUGAGGAUGGCCUGCCAGCUGCCAAGGCUGCUCGCAUCAUCCGCGACCUGGACUGA